CUUGAGUAAAACCAUGGCUGGACUCAAUGUCUCCUUCGGGUACUUCUUUGCUGUGGUGGCUUUCUGCGAGGUGGUCAGGAGGACUUCUAAAAAGAUUCUGUCACUUUGGAUCUACUCCAACAUCAUGGCUGAGUUUCUGGCCUGCUUGCAGCUGGCUUCCUGCUGGUUUGAGCUCAGGAUGCUGGUGGUCCUCGGGCCCUGGGGGGGUGGCUUUGGGAUGGAUGUGGUUAUAACCCUGCUGUUCCUCCUCGCUUCCGUGCACGAGGCUACGUGUGAUGGAGCUGAGGCCAACCCCCUGGUCACAGCACAGGAAUUUCUCCGCUCCAGCAAUCCUGCGGUGGCCAGCACUGUAAAGAUCUUGGCUCAGUUUGCAGGGACGCAGUUAGCCAACACAGCGGUGAAAAGGUACUGGUCCUGGGAGCUGACGGAUUUGCACCUUAUUCAGAACAUGAUGGCGAAUGAGUGCAGCUCAGCGAUCCAGACAUCAAUCAGCCAAGGGGCCUUUGUCGAAGCUUGUUGUGCCUGCCUUUUCCACCUGGUGCUGAUGAAGGUUGAGGGAGCCGCUCUCAGAUACAGGAUCCUGUCUAAAGCUUUGACCAUCACUGCUCUGGUGCAUGUCGCUGGCCCAUACACGACAGCUCUGUUUAACCCAGCACUUGCAUUCUCAGCCACGUUCCACUGUUCUGGAAAUACACUGUCAGAAUACAUGCUGGUCUACUGGCUCAGUCCAUUCAUUGCAACAAUUUUGGCCAUCUUUUUGUUCAAUGGAAACAUCCCUCGGCUUUUCUGCAAAAAUCUCCUCUACACGCAACGGACAAAGUACAAAAUUCCCAAAGGAAAUUCAGCACGGGAUCGGGAAGAGAACAAGUCGGUCAGCAGUCAAGGAAAGGAGGGUCUUGGAAGAGGAGCUCAAAGAUGAACCUCCAGAUCAGGAAAACACGUGAGACCUGAGGUUUGAUAUGAGAAGUCUGUUUGCAAACCAUGUGUUUUAUUUAGUGGAGUGAUGCACUGCCCGGAAAGAUGGUGAAACUGGGUCUGUUAUUAAUUUUCCAAAGGAAAUUGGUCAUAUAUGCCGAUAAGAAUUACAACAGACACUAGACAAUAGGUGCUGGAGUAGGCCAUUCGGCCCUUCAAGCCAGCAUCACCAUUCAUUAUGAUCAUGGCUGAUCAUCCACAAUCAAUAUCCUGUUCCUGCCUUAUCCCCAUAACCCUUGCAUGCAGUUGGGAAAAAAAAGUCGGGUACGGUGCCAGUUGGGUAGCUCAUUCAAAUUUCCACCACAAAGAGUUGAAUGACCUUUGUCUUCACUCUAAGAUUCUGUGAUUCCAACAUCAGAAUUUUAAGGGAGUGGCAUGUGUUUAAAAGUCCCCACUGCGGCUUAUUUCAGUGCUGAGUGUCUCAACUUGUGUACAACGUAAUUAUAUUUGAGUCAACUCCUUUAGACCCUGUUUGCCUGUUAGAGAAAAGUAACUGGAAGGAUUUGUAUGGUGUAAUGUGCUGGUAGCUGUGUCUCAGUUUCUCCCACUAGUGUUACUCUGAUUGUCUCACAUCACUGACAAUAACCACUGCAGUUGGUACACAUGAAUGCCAAA